UUGCGUUGCGAUUGGCUACCCAAGCGGGCAGGAUGGUGUUAUCCUGCCCGCUCGUGACUUCCUGAUGUGUCCCGCAAGAAAACAAAUCCCCGACAGCCAUAUGAUAAAUCCUUUACUGUCCAAGCUUGUUCGGUCAAGAUGGCUGGAUAUUGGCCUCGUUCAUUUUCCGUGAGUUUAUGGACCUCGACUCCGUCUCGAUCCAUAAACACGCAAAAAAAAGAACUUGGUCAAUAUACAGCCAUCAUGACCUCACGCUUGGCCAAUAACCCAAAUAUACAGUAUUAAAUAGAUUUCUGAGAAACUUGCAAGUAGCAUUGACACAGAAGAAAGAUGUCCUGUUGACGGCAAAAACACUUCUUAGAAAAUGCGGAACAGUUAAAUUACAAUAGAGCUGUCAAAUAUUCAAAUGAGGAUCGAAACGUUGAGAGGAAUAAAACAAUCCAAAAAGCAAAAAUUUCGUUUUCAAUUUUAUUUUGACUUGGCAAAAAUACCUACAACACCAAUGUGCAUGAUGGAAUAAGUCCUUAAAACCGAUUUCUGUCAUUCAAGUAUUUCAAAUCGAAUGAAAUUGAAACGUUGAAAUCGUUUUCUCAGACAUCACGCCAUGUGCAUACAGCAAUUUUCAUUCAAUUAUUUCAAAUCGAUUGAAAAUGAAACUUUGAAAUCAUUUUCUCGGAAAUCACGCGAGGUGUUUCGCAUGAGUAUUGUUGUCCGCAUUAUAAUCUUGGAAAGCGUUACUUGAACAUUUACAGCGAUUUUCGCCGCAUUGACCGACCACAAUUUAACGAUGGACGCAAGCAAAAAACAAUUGCCAAAGGUUUACCUGUUCAAAAAGGAUUAUGAUAUGAUAGAGGGGCUUGUUCGUUGUCGAUCAACUGAAGAGACCGGCGGAGAUCUGUUUGGACUGUGGACAAGCGACGACGAACCUGUUCUACACAUUGUAACAGGGCAAGGUAGGGAAAUCCUUCAGACGCCCUCAAAGUCCUCUUUGAAGAAUUACGACACAUUUUCCAUAGAAUUUCAAAGACUUGAGAAGCUUUUACAUCAGAAGUUCCACCUAAAUUGUAUCGGAAAAUGGCAGUAUAUGCGUCGAUCAGAACGAAACGAAAGGGCAAUUAAAGGCGCCUUUGAUCAACGUCCACCUCAUCGGAGAGCCACGCGUUUGGUGCUAAUAACAGCAGACUAUGACGCCGAUUCAAAGCAAGUGAAGCUGUCCCCGUACCUUUUCCCGGAUUUAUCAAGCCCAAAGGAAGGAGAAAUUGUUCUCCUUCCUGGGGAAAGAUUGUUCAAAAUGGAAGAUGACGUUCAAAAGCUCAUCGAUGCACUGAUGAAGGAAAAGGAAAGCAAUAGAGAACGCUCUAAAGACUUAUCCCACAGAAAUCCUGAUAGAAUAGAAUCUGAAGUCCCUGAGGGCACUGGGUUCGGUGAGUACAAUUCAAGGUGGCAGUGGAUGCAAACCGAAUUCACAUGCAACCAACGUGAUCUUAAAGUUUACAUCUGUAAAGAUGACUUGGAAAUGAUGGAAGAUCUUGUCCUCCGUUACCCGCGUCUAGAGACGGGCGGAGAUCUGUUUGGUUUGUGGACCAACGAGGGUGAUGCAGUGAUACACGUUGUUCUGGGUCCUGGCCAAGGAUGCAAACGGACAAACGUCUCAUUCUACCAAGAUAUUCCAUAUCUACAGCGCAACGGCGAGCUGCUGACUCAAGAUUACAUGUUGUGCCACAUUGGAGAGUGGCACUCCCAUCAUCAACUGCGCCUCUUCCAGCCAAGUCAAGGUGACUCAUUGACCGUCAUAAGAAAUUACCCGGGCCGUGGAACAUGCGGUUUUCUUUUGAUCAUUGCCAACAUCGUGCCACCAAACAAGGUAACAUUUUCACCUUACCUUUAUACAGCAAACUCCAGCUCUCGUUUCGAUCAAAAGGGGACAGUUUUCCCCCUGCCUUAUCGGAAUGCUUUUAAGAAAGAUGGGGUGAUAGAGAGAAGCAUUAAAGAAGGCAGGGAAACAGAGCGAGAUGUCCAGAGUUUUAUGACCAGUAGUUAUCAGUUUUCGGGCCAGCACUCGACUUCAACGGAGACGCGUUCCCUUCGCCAAAGUCAACUCCCGAAGAAUUCAACAACCAGCACUAGAGUAGAACCGAUGGACAUAGACCCUCCUGAAACACAUUCAUCAAGCGGGCAAUUCUUACUACAAGAGGGUAACUUGAGAUCUGGAGAAAAGAAAAAACUGCAUGAGAGGUGGCGUAACUAAUACGACACGAAACUGAUCAUGAAACAAAUGUUUUGGUUUGAUUGAUUUUGUUUAAACUCUGAUAGAUAACACUGCAUAAGAAGUAACGGGGAAAGCAAACGAUCUUGACAUAACCACUGGCAGGCUGAUGAAACUUGGUCAAGACGCCUUGGUUUCGAGUUCAAUAUUUAGGACGUCAUGGAACACCACUAUGCAGUUACGGGGCACGAUAGCUUCUCACAAAAGUGACUCCAUGGAUAGAGCUAGUAUGAGUUUUAGUUGAUACUUUUACAGAUUAGUCGAAAGUGUCCAUCAGUAGAUGGAGGAUAGCAGUGACUUAUAUAUAACAGUUACACCCCAGUGUCAUGGCAUUUUACUAUAACACUUAAACGUAGCCGCUAAACAAAACAGUAUGGUCACUUCUUGAAAAUAUGUUUGUCAAAGUCACAACCAAGGACCUCUGAAUCACCAGUUUCUUUGAUGCUCAGGUUUUCCAGUUUUCUUUCGUUUGAAAAAAAGUUCUAGCUGAUAACUCUGUACAGCUUAGUUGCUGGUUGAAUAACAAGCGGAAACGAUUAACUUAACAUAGACAUGCGAUUUUAAUGUUUGACGGCCUGAUUAUUCUUCCGCGUUUUCUAAGAAAUUGCGUUACUUUGUUUUGGAAUAUUUAUGACGUGCCUCUCCUUAUGUCACAUGACCUGCAGGCUGAUUUUCUCGGAAAAUCUAACCUAAUCUAAAUUGAAACUUUCCCAUCCUUCAACUGAUUAAUGGCCUUAACGUUAUGGUAAGAUUUGACGGAAAUCUCCAUGUUUAAAGAAGCUAGCCCAAUACAAAUUCUGCGUUGCUGUCAGUCAUGAUAAGCGAAUUUAUUCCCUAUUUAUUCACAACUAAAACAAGCUACAUUAGGUCGUGAUCGGUACGAAAGCUUAUUCAGCUACACAUCAAAGUUAUUAUUAUGUUUUCUACUUUAUAACUUCUACUUUAGCUGUUUUCGUUUUCUACUAAACAUCCAAUGUACUGAGGCACCUUCACAAUCUACAAGACACACUUAAAAGAAAUCAGUUCUGUUCGUUUUAAAAUAAAUUUUCUUUCUAGUUGAUUGCCACGAGUACCAACAACACUGGCCUACUAGUUUGAAAUAGACUCUCGUGCAGUCAAUGUUAAUAAAAUUGCAGUAAGCAAUAAGCUUAAACACAGACGACAUAGCUCUUGCAACGUUCGAUGUAAAUAGAAGUAGUGAAUUUAACAGUUUUCCGCUCGUGACAUAUAGGUAAUCCAGUUGAAGAAUCCCCCAGCUUUCUUAUCGUAAAUAUUCGUAAGGACUUGCAGAUCUUGCCUCCGUCUGGCCUCUGCCUUUGACACCACUUUAUACUUUCCCGCAUCGUCCAUUGUCAGAUCAAAGUCUUCGUAUUUGCCAGGAUUUUCCAUGUAUUGUUCAUGGGAAGGCGCAGAAUUUGCCAUCUUAACUCGAAGAGUUGCUUUUGACAACACGCACUGACGACGUUUUCCGGUCUGCCUGAGUAGAUAGUCGUUCUCUAGCCAACCAAUUCAAUGCUGGAGGGAAUCUGCUCGUUUCCUAUGUCUUCUUAGGAGUGGGUGCUUGCGCUUUCGAUUUCAAGCUUCCGUUCACUUGUGCCU